GGCCUCCCAGGAUGGAGGGGAAUGCCGAAAUGGAGAUGCUGAGGACACUGAAGGGACCCUCCACAGGAGAGGUCAACGUGCACCUGGUGGCCAGAGACAGCUCAGGCUCUGGCUCUCACCUGCCCGCUACUGCCUUCAUCAUCCCAGCCAGCUCGGCUACCCUUGGCCUGUCCAGCAGUGCUCUGGAUGUGACCUGUUUUCCGCGGGAGCCGAUCCAUGUGGGCGCUUCGGAGCGAGUGGUGGGCAGCAUACCUGUCACGGCCACCGUUCUGCCGCAGUUAAGCGCCGGGCCUGUGGCCAGCUCCAGCGCCACCACAGUGCGGCUCCUGGAGUGGACCGAGGCUGCUGCCCCGCCUCCUGGGAGCGGCCUGCGGUUCCGGAUAAGCGAGUACGCGCCGCUGAACAUGGUAGGAGCAGAGCAGCCCCCGAGCCCGGAGCUGCGGCCCGAAGGUGUGGCCGAGUAUGAAGAUGGCGAGGCCCCGGCGGGAGGUGGCGAUGCGGGCACCCAACAUACAGCAGACCUCCCCCAGGACCCUCCAGAAGAUCCCCCGCAGGACCCCACAGAAGAUGAUGGCACUUGUCAGUGCCAGGAGUGUGGACCUCAGCAAAGCGCAGUUCCGGAUCCUGGUUCCUCCAAUGAUGACAUCCCGCCACUGUUCCAAGAGCGGUCAGUUAUAGUGGAGAACUCCUCCGGCCAGAGCUGCAGCACCAGCGCUUCCGAGCUCCUCAAACCUAUGAAGAAGAGGAAGCGCAGGGAAUACCGCAGCCCCUCCGAGGAGGAGGAGGAGUCCGAGCCAGAGACCUUGGAGAAGCAAGAAGAAGGAAAGGAUCAAGAGGGACAGCCCACUGCUAGCACCCCGGACAGUGAGGAGUGGAACAGCAGCCAGCCCGCAUCAGGGGAGAAGAAGGAAAGCUGGUCGUGGGAGCCCUACCUGGAGGAGCAGAAGGCUGUCACUGCCCCUGUCAGCCUCUUCCAGGACUACCAGGCGGUCACUCAUAAUAAGAAUGGCUUCAGACUGGGCAUGAAGUUGGAAGGCAUCGACCCUCAACACCCGUCCAUGUACUUCAUCCUCACCGUGGCCGAGGUGUGUGGCUACCGCCUACGUCUGCACUUUGAUGGGUAUUCCGAGUGCCAUGACUUCUGGAUCAAUGCCAACUCCCCUGACAUUCACCCUGCUGGCUGGUUUGAGAAGACCGGGCACAAGCUGCAGCCCCCCAAAGGUUACAAGGAGGAUGAGUUCAGCUGGAGCCAGUACCUGCGCAGCACAAGAGCCCAGGCCGCCCCCAAGCACCUGUUUGUGAGCCAGAGCCAGAGUCCCCCACCCCUGGGUUUCCAGGUGGGCAUGAAGCUGGAGGCUGUUGACCGCAUGAACCCAUCCCUCGUCUGCGUGGCCAGCGUGACCGACGUGGUGGACAGCCGCUUCCUGGUGCACUUUGACAACUGGGAUGAUACUUAUGACUACUGGUGUGAUCCCAGCAGCCCCUACAUCCACCCGGUGGGCUGGUGCCAGAAGCAAGGAAAGCCCCUCACCCCUCCACAAGACUACCCAGACCCUGACAGCUUCUGUUGGGAGAAAUAUCUGGAAGAAACCGGGGCCUCUGCUGUGCCUACCUGGGCCUUCAAGGUGCGACCCCCACACAGCUUCCUGGUCAACAUGAAGCUGGAGGCCGUGGACCGCAGGAACCCAGCCCUGAUUCGUGUGGCCAGCGUGGAGGAUGUGGAGGACCAUCGGAUAAAGCUCCACUUUGAUGGCUGGAGUCACGCCUAUGACUUCUGGAUUGAUGCCGACCACCCAGACAUCCACCCCGCGGGCUGGUGCUCCAAGACGGGGCAUCCUCUGCAGCCCCCUCUCCGACCCAGGGAGCCCAGCUCCGCCUCCCCUGGGGGCUGUCCCACCCUUAGCUAUCGGAGCCCGCCACACACUAGGACCUCCAAGUACAACUUUCACCAGCGGAAGUGCCCCACUCCUGGUUGUGAUGGUUCCGGCCACGUCACAGGCAAGUUCACAGCUCACCAUUGCCUCUCAGGCUGCCCACUGGCUGAGAGGAACCAGAGUCGGCUGAAGGCGGAGCUGUCCGACACGGAGGCCUCGGCCCGUAAGAGGAACCUCUCGGGCUUCUCCCUAAGGAAGAAGCCUCGCCAUCAUGGCCGGAUUGGACGCCCUCCAAAGUAUCGGAAGAUCCCUCAGGAAGAUUUCCCGACACUAGCUCCCGACGCCGCGCACCAGUUGCACCAGUCCCUCUUCACGUCCGCCCUGUCAGCCCGCCCUGACCGCUCGCUGUCCCUGUGCUGGGAGCAGCACUGCAAGCUCCUGCCGGGAGUGGCGGGCAUCUCGGCCUCAACAGUUGCCAAGUGGACCAUUGAUGAGGUCUUCAGCUUCGUUCAGACCCUGACCGGCUGUGAAGACCAGGCACGACUCUUCAAAGAUGAGAUGAUUGACGGCGAGGCCUUCCUUUUGCUGACACAGGCGGACAUUGUGAAGAUCAUGAGCGUCAAGCUGGGCCCAGCCUUGAAGAUCUAUAACGCCAUUCUCAUGUUCAAAAACGCCGAUGACACCUUAAAGGUCUUUUUCUUAGGAGUUAAGAACAAUCGGGUAGAAUGGGAGGCCUCCCGUCAGAGGCCCAUUUCUCUUCGACGUCUCUCCAUGCUUUUCUUUCCUUGCCUCCUACCAAGAAGUGACCCUGCCACAACACAUGUUCACUCUGCUGUCUGAUUUCUGGGCGGGAUCCAGGCAAUGGCCCACCCAGACCCACUGACUCUUCCCUCUUCGAUGGGUCAGCCUCGGAAACGUGUCUUCAUACGCCCACUGGAGUCUCUGGCUGCCUUUCUCCCUUUUACCUACAAGUUGGGGAUUCCAAGCCAAGAUGCCUUCGUAAGCAUGCCCAAUUCUGGAUCGGCUAGCAUUUUAGUGGCCCAUGCCAGGUCCUGUUUCCAGCAGACUAAGUGGUUAGAGCCUGUUUUACCUCUCCAGAAAAGGUCAAGGCUCCACAGAUGUUCCCCAUAUACCCUUCCAGGGUCAGGUGUGGGGAAGAGGCAGCCCAAGGCUAUGUCAGACAAUCUCGGGUCUUUGGCCAGAGGGGCAGCUCCGGCAGGCACGAUGGUCCCCAAAGCUGAGCAUGGCAUCCUUCCCUGCAGCCAUGCAUCUCAGCCAAGGCAUUGCCCAUGGGGCGAGGGCCCCACACCCGCCAGGCCCCAGCUGUGAGAAUGUGCUGCUCUGUCUAGCACACAUACCUCACGACAUCACAUUCGACCUAUCCGUUAAAUGUCUUGCUUUUGUGGAGUCUUACAAAGCCCACUUGCACUUGGGAGUGGGGAAGGUGAAUUCCUCUAUCUUUGAAUUCUCUGUGGCCCAUAAGCCUUUUGUAUCACUGUCUGUCUGUCCUGCACUGCCAUCCAGGUGCCUGCUGGGGCUCUGGGACUUAGGCCUUUCUGUCCAAGUGGGGGCCUAGCCUCCACCAAGCCACUGCCAAACCAGCUGGGGUGAGGCAGAGGGCCCAGUGGGAGCUGGCCCUGCACAGAGGUGAAGAGCAACGGGCAGGCUCCCGUGGCCCCCGGUGCUGAGAUGGGCCCGCGGGGUGCAGAGCCAGAUCGCUUCCCUGGGUCACGUGGUGCGCCUAGGGUACCCUCAGGAGUGUUUGACAGAUGCAGCUGUGAGGCUUGAUGUUGGGAAAAUGCCAAGGGCUAUUACUGUUAAAAUAUGAAGCUAUAUCUUUCCCAUUGAAGUGGGGCAUUCAAAGCUGUUGAUGUCCUGCCGCGGUUCAAUAGGGGACCCUCUCUUCCGUGGGCUCACACAGCUUUGCCAGGGGCAGCCAUUUGGCCACCCAGCUGAACUCCUGCCAGGCUUCAGAUGUUCCUUCCCUUUGCCCCUGAGAGGCAGCUCUGAGCACAACCUUCCCGGGAGGAAAGUGGGCAGUCCCCGCCUCUGGCUGAUGCUUGGGUUUCUGGAGGUCGCGUUGCCCCUUGGCCAAAAGUAAAGAGGAGCAAGUCUGAACCUCUCUGACUUGGUUGCUUGUGGUGGCAAAACUCACCAGCCCCUUGGCCUUGUCUGCUUCUCUCUGAAACUGAGGAGAGAUGCUCACCGGCUCUGUGGUGUGAGGAGAGGGCAGAAGUGUGCACAGCUGUGCUGCGGGACCUCGCCUGUCCUGGGGAGUGGGGCUGGACAGCUUUGCCACGUGGAUCUACCAACCACACUUCUAGUGCUUGCCCAUAGGAAGGGCAAGGUGGAUUGAGGCCCUUGAGAAAAGGGCCCCCAGGCUCCGAACUUUGAGACCUCAGCGCUUUCUGCACCGACAUCAGACUCUGGAAAAAAACAUAAAAAGAGGGAAAGAAAUCUGCCCUAUUGCCCCUUCCCCCCCUCCUGUCCCCGGAUGACAUCAUCGCACCUUGACCUGGGUGCCCAGUGACGGGAGGGAGUUGGCGUGCCAUGUGCCUCUGCCCUCUCUCCAGCAGCAGACACCGCUUACACUUUGGCCCUGGCAGGCGCUCCCAGCCCUUGUCCAGCCCUGGCUUAGGGCACUGAGAGCCUUUCUGUUUAAUUUCUGAAGCAGAGAGAAUGAUCCCAGAGUUUGAAAAUGAAGCCUGUUUGCACUUUCAUUCACAUGCACUUUGGUGGAAUUGUUUUUGUACUUGCCGUGUGUGUGUGUGUGUGUGUGUGCGCACGCGUGUGCGUGCAUGUGUGUUCUUUAAGAGAAUCCUCUGGUUUAAGAUAAAGUGACUCUUGACUCAUGAAAGAGAAAAAGUUAAAACCGUGGUGUUUUUGUCAGUGCAUUGAAACAACAUAAAUAAACUUGGAACAUCUGGAUGAUAUGUA